GAGCAGAAGGAGGUGGAAAGGCAAAAUAGCCCGUCAUUGGAAACCUAAAUUCAGAUGAUGACAGCGUAGCCGCGAAGCAAAUAACGAAAGAAAGAGCAGAGAGCGUGGAGAUGGAUAACGGAGGAUUCAAGGAACUGAGGGCUCCGCUUGAAACCACAAUUGGGGAGGAGUCUGCUUCACUUGUGAGUCACCUCCAUCUGCGACGACUAGUGCCGAGUCGACGUCUGGCAGUAAUCAUGGCAAGAGCUGCAUACUAUUCAGACCGUCUUUCCUUGCCACACGAACCGCCAGGACCACCAGGACCACAGGGAACUCCGUAUUCUGAGCACACUGUCGGCAACCGCGAACUACACCAUGACAUCGCUGGAACCGAUACUGAGAACCAAACUGAUCAUGGCCACUUACGGCAAUGUUCAGUCAGAGGUUGUACCACUGUACUUCCUCCAGACUAUUUGCAAAAGAUGUGUGAAUCAUGUCGCGGACGACAUCGCAUCUAUGCUUCCACCAAGCGAGCGAAGCGCAAGAUGGAGAAAUUAGCGAUCGGAGGACAGUUGGGUCCUGUGGUUUGGAUGCCGCCUCACUCAGAUGGACGCGAUGAUCAUCCUCAAGCAGGACCUUCGACACAGCCGACCCCACCUGUAGAGGACUCAACGGUCUCGCACUAUCCACUGACAGCAUCUUCAUGGGAGAGCAGUGCGAUCGAUCCUAGCUUAUUCUCGCAGGAAAGCGGCUCUUUCUCGCAGAAUCCGCAUUCUCCUACCCAGGCCGCCGAUUCAUACACGCAGGUGCCUAGCCCGUAUGGGCAUUAUUCAAGUACUGGUGCAUAUACUCAGGAUGACAACACGGGUUUCCCUCAGAACUCAGAUGGUCAACAUUAUCCUCAGCACGCUAACUCGGGCACAUACUCGCAGAAUGUGGAUACAAGUCCAUUCUCUCAGGGUCCUAGUCCCUACCAUCAACACUCAGAACUCGCUGGUGCUCUUAAUCUACCCCACCACCAGCCCCAACCUCAGCAUGCCGUGCAGCAAGUCUUUCAACAAAGUGCCCCUCAGAACACUCCGCUUCCGGCACCGGUACCACAUCAAGCCAGUCCUUCCUUCUCGGAUCUUUCGAGUUCCCGUGCACCAAGUCGUCUUACUAGUACCCCAGCCAUACCGACCGGAGAGAUUUCAGCCAAGGCGAUCUCUGAAGUCGCUCCAGCGAUUGGAGGUACUACACUUCCUCACCGAUAUUGCUCAGUUAAGGGAUGUAAAGCAGUGGUCCCUGGUGAUUCUUACUUUAAGAUGUGCGAGCCGUGCAGAAACCGUUACCGUAGCUACGGUACAACUAAACGAGCAAAGUGGAAACGAGAGAAGGAAGCAGCUAUUGCUGAGUUACAAAAGCUUCGUGAAGAGGACGAUCGAAAACGAGCAGCUCUGGGACUACCCCCACUCGCGGAAGGCGAAUGGGCGAGUGUCCCGCCAGCGCAUCUGCUCCAGGCAGCCGCCGCACAAAUGCCCGGCGAUAUGCCUUUCGCGCAGACAGUGCAGAGUAUCACUCCAAGGAUGUGUACUGUCUCACAUUGUCGAGAGGUUCUUCCUCCCGAUUACGAGUUCCUUCGAUGUGAACGUCAUAGGAUUCAGAACCGACAUCAUAGCAAGUUGAAACGCGUGCGUGACAAAGAAAGCAAGGCUGUAGCUUUCGAGGAUUGGUCUGUCGCUGCCGCGGCAAAUGCGCAGGUUUCUCAACAACAGGAGUCAGUGAUUACCCAAAGCCCGUUCAUUGAGGAAGAGAAGGACGAAGAGACAAGGCAAUAUAUUGACCCCGUCAUUCCUGACACAGAAGGGACUGGCAUGCCUCCAGCAGCUCGCGGUUCACGUCGCACAAACCAUGUCUGCUCUAUCAAGGCAUGCUGUAAUUUAUUGUCACUCUCCAACCCAUGGAAGAUGUGUGACUCUUGUCGAGAUCGCGACCGCACUACCAGGAAGAUCAAAACUUUGCGUGACAAUGGCGUACCCGUGGAUCCCUUACCUCCCCGCGCGAAGACGCCACCUGAAUUGACUGUGGUAACGAAGGCAAAGAAGAAGAGUGCUCCUAAGAAGAACCAGAAGAAGGAUGAGCAGUCACAAGAGCCUGUUGCGAGUACGAGUCAACUGGUUAUCCCGAUAGUUCCUAACAAUAGCAAUUCUUUGGAAUUCAUGAACCCGUUAGGCCCACAUAACAGCGAAGAUACGGAGUUCAUUUUGGCAGAUGACUUGGCUAAUGCAGACGAUUUUCCUAUACCGCCUCGACGUCUUCCGACAAGAUCUCCUGGAGAAACCCCAACGGCCUCAUCUACACCCACGGCCACAGAGCAACCAAUGGACCUACCACUCGUCAAAAAGAAACGGAUGUCGAAAGACAAGACGAGCUCAGCCAACCAAUCUGUUGUCAGCACCUCAAGCGGUUCGACGCCCUCGCCUAGUGCGACUGGAAACACUUCGACAGCAGGUCAACCACCUCAGACUGCUGAGAUGUCUCCAAUGGCACCAUCUUCCGCUGCUGCAUUCUUUUCGCCUCACUACCCUAUCCCGUAUAUAAUACCUCCAGCCUUCAUGCCACAUUUUCCGUCAGGUGCACGAUACCCCUCUUAUAAUAAUAAUUCACCCUCAUCAUACGGACGGGAGCCAUAUGCCCCGUCACCUAUGUAUCAACCCCCUUAUCCUGGCUAUCCGCCGUAUCCAUAUUCUUGGGGUCCUUGGGCUGCUGGUUAUCCUGCAACAUUACCUCCCGCUGCACAGGCCCCGACGUCUACUCAGACUUCUACCCCAACUUCACCUCCUGCGGCAACCGCCUCCACGGUGCAUGCCGCUGGUGCUUCUUCGUCUAGUUCGCCCUCUGUUUCAACUUCUUCUACUGCACAGACAUCACCUCAGUCGUCUCGUCAGCCACCUCCAACUCCUGCCGAUCGAGCGACAAUGUACUCUAUGUUUUCCUCGCGACCACCUGGAGCCUCUCACAAAACGCAUACCAACACUACCCCGUAUGACGCAACCGGAGUUCCUGCACGGCCUGACCCACUGAAAGUUGCGUUCUCCAUACGUCCCAAUGCUCCUUCACAAACGGGGCGGAAGAGGCAAGCUGAGCAGGAAGCGCCCGGCCAUACCAACAAGCGCCAGGAACUCGAGAACUCAGGGACAGUCACCGACAUACCAGAGAUCUCAGAGGCACAAUUUGCUGCAGCGGUGUCCGCAAUUGCAGCGAGUGCAAGCGAUUUGGGAGGACAUCCGCUUGGGGCAUUGCAUGUUGCUUCACAUCACGCCCCGAGUAGUCCUGGAAAGCGACCCACCUGUGCGAAUAAGACUUGUCACCGGCCUUUGCCUGCUAGUGCGAAUGCCUCAGGUACGGGUGUUUUGUGUGACAAGUGCAAAGAGCGGAUCAAGAAGAAAGCGGUCGUCGCUAAACGACGGUUCAAGCUCGAGCCACGUAAUUUGGUGGGUUCCACGCUGUCGAGUGGUCGGACGGAGGGGCAUGGGCGUAAUUUGACUUCAUGAGUCGGCACUGUACACAUGUCGGUUUCGCUAGAUUGGAUUUUAUCUGUGGUUUCUUUCGUUCUCCCUUCGUCUUUCCGUAUACCAAACUGCAUUUACUGUGACUUCCAAGCAUUAUUCGUAUUUUUAUCUCUGUCUCACUCUUUCACUUGUCACUGUAUUAGACAGUCUAGAUGACUUUCCUGGCUGAACCACAAACAUCACAAGUUGAAAU